UCUGUUUGGUGAUGUGGGAGGGACAAGGCAGGUAGAUGGAGAGGUGGAGCUGACCAGAGGCACCAGUCAAAGGGGGGAGGUCAGCAGCUCUGAGGGCAGGGUUGUGUGGGAUCCGGAGAUGUGGAGGGCAGCCCAGCAGCUGCUGCCACCCCCUCCUCCCAUGUGUCACCAGUCCUUGGUGCUGACAAAGGACAGCAUGUUCCUGAAGACGCCUCUGCUUCUCGGACUCAUUGUGCUGGGCACCCAUGUCUGGACCAUUCAAAAAGAAUUUGUAGACAUUUGUAAGAACCAUGAUUAUUUUGUGGCAUCUGUGGAGUUUGCUCUGGCUUGGUUCAAUGAUGACAACAUGGAAGAAGACUCAUACAAGUUGUUGGAGGUUGGGCAGGCCCAGCAAAAGAGGUGGACAAUGAUAUUUUUAAUGGAGUUGGAGUUGCACCGCACAAUUUGUAAACAACAGGAUGAAGACUUCAACAACUGCCCCUUACAAGAAGGCCCAGGAAAGAAAAAGGAGUUUACCUUGAUAUAUUUAAUGGAGUUGGAAUUGGGCCAAACCAUUUGUACAAAACAGGAUGAAGAUCUGGAAAAUUGCCCCUUGCAAGAUGGCCCAGAAGAGAAAAAGGUGGACUGCACCUUUAUUGUGGAUGCCAGACCAUGGUUUUCCCAGUUCUCCCUCCUAAACAGUACCUGCGUGCAGAAAUAGGCAGAGAAGGAGUCCCUUGCUCCUCAAGCAGAAGUUCCUGGGAUACCUGGGUAGCUCAGUUGGUUAAGCAUCUGCCUUCAGCUCAGGUCAUGAGCCCACCGUCCUGGGAUUGAGUCCCACAUCGAGCUUCUUGCUCAGUGCAGAGCGGGCUUCUCCCACUGUCUGCCACUCCCCCUGCUUGUGUUAUUUCUCUCUCUCUCUCUGACAAAUAAAUAAAUAAAAUCUUAAAAAAAAAAAAAAAGAAGUUCUUUUCCCUCCAGAGAGCAAGAGUCAGUCUGUAGUCCCAGGUCUAUUCAGUACC